UCUCUCUCUCUCUCUCUCUCUCUCAAAGACUCUGUUUUUUUCUCUCUCUUCAGGUUCUCUCUUUCUUCGCUUCUCUCUCUAUUGCUAGGGUUUCGUUUCCUUUACUUCUUCGAAAUCAACAAGAGCAGAGCUUCUCUGAUAAUGGAAAAUGUGAGGUAUGAAGUUUCUGUUUCUCAACUUUUCCUGAAUUUUCUCAGUGACCAAACAGAGUCUAGAGGGUUUGGGAAUUGAAUAGGUUGAAAUAAUUUUUCUUGGACUCACCUGAGUGGAUGAGGCAGAUGCAUCUGCAUUCCACAUGAUCGGGACCAUCUCGUUUCAAUUCAGUUACUUUUGUUUUUGUUACUGUUCCUUGGUACCAAACAGAGGAUUUAGGAACUGAAUGAGCCUGUGGCUGUGUAGGGCUGUCGAGAUUUGAGGUUUUGGAUUUAACUUUAUGAGGUUUUUUUAUAAAGGAAGCAAAGUACUUCUAUGAUGAGUUUUAUUGUGAUGAAUUGAGCAGUUUAUGCUGGUUCCCUUUGAUGUUCAUGUUCUACUGCCUAGGCUUCACUGAAGAUUGAUGAGGAUGAUGUUGAGGAUUUAGAGGGCUGUUGACUUCAUGUGGAAAAAUAAUUAAUGCAGUGAUCUAACUUGUGAACAGUUAUCUGUGUAUUAAUUGUAAAUAGACAAGUUUUUCAUGCAUCCUAAGCAGAUGGGCUGAGAGUGUUUGAUUGUUAGUUUGGAAUUUUGACUAAUGGCUAUUGCUGGUCUACACAAUGUUUCUGUACUUGAUUCCUCGUUCCUCAGGGAACCUCAAUCAGAAGCCGUGAGUACCCGAGGUGAUGAUGGGAGCACUAGCACGCGGGCAUCGUCACUCUUGCAAAUGUGGCGGGAGCUCGAGGAUGAACAUGUUGUGGGUCAUGCUCGAGGGAGGAUUGGCAGGAGACUUCUCCAACAUAGAAGUGAUGGACUGAGUUCUGACCUUUCAAGGGUGGAGUUAUCUGACAGCCAUGGUAGUGAACAUAGUUGCAUUUCAGAGGAUGUCAGUGUGGGCGAGAAUGACUUUGGACAAUGGUCUCCUGGUCCAAUUGGAUCCGAGAAUGGGCAAGAAGAUUCUUCUGAUAUGGGGGAGAUUGAAAGGGAAAGAGUAAGACAGAUUUUUCGGGAAUGGAUGAACUGUGCUGCGAGGGAAUGUGGAUCUAAUAUUUCGAGGAGGAACAAUAGUUCUAGAGCAGAAUGGUUGGGUGAAACUGAGCAGGAGAGAGUAAGAGUUAUAAGGGAGUCGGUACAAAUGAACAGCCGGCAGAGAGGUACUUGUGCUGACCGCAGAGAAGAGCAUGGUGCUGAGAUUGCAGGUCAAAUAGAACAAGUUCUUGAUGGAUCGGUUGUUAACCUCAAUGAAGGGCGAGCUGAGCAUACUCGGAGGGGAAUUCGUCGUUUAUGUGGCAGACAGGCUCUACUUGAUAUGCUUAAGAAGUCUGAGAUAGAGAGGCAACGAGAGCUUCAAGGUCUGUUGGAGCAUCGGGCUGUAUCACAAUUUGCUCAUCGGAUCCGCAUUCAGUCAUUGCUUAGAGGUAGGUUCUUGCGAAAUGACAGAAUAAUUGAAGACGAUAGAUCCAUGUCCACAGCUGCAAGUGAGUUAGGCUUACUGAGGCUAAGACACACGGUAUCCGACCUUAGGGAAGGGUUUUCCUCCAGAUUGGACCAUUCUAUUUGUGGUCAAGCAAGCAGCAGCACCUUUGAUACCGCAUCUAAUACCGACAUUAAUUCUAACGGAAGCGAACAAACCCAAGAAAAUAAUUCGCAACUGGUCAUAUGUGAAUUUCACGAACAAAUUGAGUCAAAUGUAGAGGAAAGUAAUAACCGUGGUUUGUUGGGUUGUAGAAAUGAUAUAAGAAGUAACAUUGUUGAAGAUAGAAGUCCACAGGAGCCUACGUCUGGUACAGAAGAGGCUGCAGGACAAGCUCCAGAGACUGAGAUAAGAGAAAGGCAGCAGCUUGUGAAUUUUGAAUCUGUUGAUAGUAGAUAUGCUAGUGGAGAAGAUGUGAGUGGAAACCAGAGAGAAGGUAACAAUGAAAGUGUUGCUGGAGAGCCUAUCCCUCUGUUACCAACCAAUGAAGUAUUUUCUCAACAAACAGACCCAGAUGAUAGUGAAAUUUCUGGCCCUAUGCUAUCCAAUCAUUUGGGUGAUUUGGAAGGCAAUGUUGAAGAUGUCAAUCAAAUUGAAUCUGCUGCACAAGUAGACCAGUGGCAGAGUCAGGUUUUGGAAAGUGAGGCUAGAGGCUUCUUUGGAGAUGGUUUUGGAUCUAAUGAACAGAGUGGUGGAAUUCAAGAUAAUAUAGAUGGACCUCAACAUGAAACCAUUGCUAGUGAGUGGCUGGAAAAUGACGAAAGAGAAGAAGAAACCUCUGAAGUGUGGCAUGAAGAUGGUGGUUUUCAAGAGGCUGUGCAAAGUUGGUUACAAGAGCCUUCUGAACAGGAAGCUGUUCCUGUUGCAAGGAUAGAUCCUUUUUAUUACCCUGAAGAUGAUAAUGUGUACAGUAUGGAACUCAGGGAACUGCUAAGUAGGCGAAGUGUAUCUACUCUUCUUCGUAGUGGUUUCCGGGAGAGUCUUGACCAAUUGAUACAAUCAUACGUCGAAAGGCAAAGCCAUGUUCCCCUUGAUUGGGAGCUGCAAGAAACUGAUCCUACUUCUGCAUCAGUAGAUCAAGAUGUGGAGCAGCAGAAUAGGGACCAGAACGAGGGUCUGGGAGAACCAGUCCAGAGUCCUCCAAUUACUCUGCCUUCCUCAUCACUCCCCCCUGUACAGCAGCUCUGGGACCAAGAUACGCGAAAUUUUACUUGGCCACAACAUGACGUGCAUCAGCGCUUUGGAAUUGAGUGGGAUAUCAUUAACGAUUUGAGGAUUGACAUGGCUAGAUUACAACAAAGGAUGAACAAUAUGCAGAGGAUGCUGGAAGCCUGUAUGGACAUGCAACUUGAGCUGCAGAGGUCAAUAAGACAAGAAGUUUCUGCUGCCCUGAAUCGCGCAGCUGGUUCAUCUGAGAUGUGUGACAAUGGUUUGCCGGAGGAUAGAGCUAAAUGGGAUCAUGUAAGGAAAGGAAUAUGCAGUAUAUGCUGCAGUAGCAAUAUAGAUUCGUUGCUGUACAGAUGUGGGCACAUGUGCACAUGUUCAAAAUGUGCAAAUGAGUUGGUUCAGAAAGGUGAAAAGUGUCCAAUGUGCAGGGCACCCGUAAUUGAGGUGAUCCGCGCAUACUCCAUUUUAUAAUUUUGAAGUUCGAAAAGAAAAAACUCAAGGAUCAGAAAAUAGAAAGAAAUGAUAAUUGGAUUAACAAAGACAUACCCCGAUCGCCCCAGGUAUUUAUUAUUUCCUGGGUUCCUGAUGCCGUGAUUUUAGUUGUGUUGAUUGUAUGGUUGACUGAAAAAAUACUGGCUUUCUUUAAUUAAUCAUUUUGAUGUGAAUAAAGAUAUUGAGUGGAGGAUCAUACUAGAGUUUUUGAAGGCAACCUUUUCCCCCUUUGUACAAAGGUUAUGACAUAUGACUCAUAUCCUGAACCCCUGAGAAAUCCCCAGUUCAAGUGGGGUUAUAUAGCAACUCCCUUUUACACACCCCUGUAAAGGAUAUUUUAGUACAACUUGCUUUAACUUGUUGGUUGAUCUGAUAUCAUUUUAUCUUUUGAAAUUGUA